AAAAAAUCAUCGCCCAAGAGAAAUAAAAACAAUAUUCAAGUCUGAAAUUAGUUCACUUUCAUCUAUUGAUCUGAUCUCGAUUGUUCCUCGGAUUUGCCAAAAUGGAAUCCAACCUACCUGUCUCCUCCACUGAGGAGACAGACGAGUUGACUUUCUUCCCAAGCCUAAAUUCGCCCCGGAAAGGCCCCUCCUCAGUCGUGUUUACUGACUCUGGUUACUCAUCAGCUGCUUCAUCAGUGGCACCACUGGCAGAGCGAUUGAUGCGGAAUACUUUCCCAUUAGAUCUCCACACAACUUCGGAAAUAGGCUACAGCUACGAAAUACACGACCCACCUUCUCUUUUCCCCGAGAAUGACCUGCAAGCAAGAUCUGAAUCUGAGUUUAAAAGCUAUGGUACAUGGUUUGACCAUGUUCAUGAUGUUGAUCCCGAGUCUUACAGUCUUACAAAACAUGAUGAAUUGAUGGCCAGUAAAAGUGACUUGAUAGAAGAUAAAAGUGAAGCGAUGAGAGCUUUUGAUGAGACCCUCUUUAAAAUCAGAUACGGUACUGCAGCUCAUAAGUUUCUGACUGGAGGCCAUGCGGAUCAACCCCCUGCAUUUUCGGAUCCCCCAUCGGGUUCUUGGCUAGAUACAAACACUUCGAGGAGCAUUCUUCCAGACCCAAUUACUACUAUUCCGUCUCCCUUGCGGGUUUUGCUUGGUCGCAUGGUUGAAAAGACAGAUGAAUAUAGAGCGGAUCACAUUCCAUAUUUCGCAGAGUUUCCUUCUCAGGAUGAUCUGACGCUCGUGAUGGAAAACACAGCUGGAGAUGCUGCAGUUGCUCAGAAAGGGAAAUUAUCACUACUAUUAGAUCGAGAUCGAGCUCGAUCUCGUAGUGAUGGAUCCUGGCCAUCUAAGGAUUUCUGUGAGGAAUGUAGACAGGGGAAAAAAUCGUGCUGGCAUACAAAUAAAUUGAAGUCUUUGAACGGGAGGGAGAUGGAUGACAAAAGAAAUUCUCUACCCAAGAAACCUGCGAUAGAGGGUAUUCCAAAUACAUAUUCAUCAAUGAACCGGCCCCCUCCCGUUAUGGAACAAAAUGAUUCGAAUUUCAUCACACCAGAAUUGCCGAAAAGUCCCUUUAAAAAUACGCCGGGGAAGUCUUCAACAGAAACCUCGGCCCUAACAGAGACAUUGGAAAGCACUCAAAACCCAAUUAUCGCGGUGGCCCCUUUGGGUCAGUACCAAUAUGGUAAAGAUAACAGCAGAGUAUUGAAAACAAGCGGCCUGAUUCCUCAAAUCUCCGAGGACAAGAGUCAUUCAACAGCCGCAAUAGAAGAGGGUUUUGAUGUAGCUACUGAAAGCCAUAAACCCCGCCUUCAGCCAUUAUCUGAUGUUAUCGAUAUCUCAAAGAUCUCUGGAUAUACCCAAAACAAUCUUACGAGAUAUUUCUUGAGCACACCUAUGACUAUAAUGGAGAAAAUAAGGGCUAUUCAUUCGCCAUUAGAAUUGUCAGACUUAGAUUACCUUCGAACUUUAUCCACACAAAGGCGUUCAGGACAACCCAAGAAUAUCACCCAGAAUCAAACGAAAUAUGUUGGGUACGAGGCAAGCAAAGAUAAAGAAACUCAUGGUGAAAAUCAAGAUCAACAAAGCUCUUUAAUGAGCGCUCACAGUAAUCAAUCUUCGACCAUAACCUUCAGUGUGAGACAAGAAGAUUGUCCGACCCCAUCAACGGUUUUGGACGAGGACAUGGCAGAUACUGAAGAAGAGCUGUCUGAUGCUGAAACAUCUCUUUCUUCCGGGGAUUCCUCGAUGUCUUUAUGGCCACCUAGCCCCAACUACACAGAAAGAAAUGGUCUUGUCUCCUCCAUAAUAGAUGAAUCACGGAGAUCAAUUGUAGACCGAUUAAUGCUGGAAGUCCGUGCCCUUCUCGAUCGAGAAGUUAGUAUCAGGAGCAGAACCGGCAGCGGGCAGUCGUCAAGAGAACAUUCUUCUCAACAAAGCCCAGCUGGGGAGAGUAGGGAGAAAGAAGGAAGUAGCUGGAAGCGCCCCAGAAACGAUGACUCUAGUUCAAAGAAGUCUGGGGAUGAUACGAGAGAUGGCAGUCCAACCAAGCAUCAGAAGACCAAUGUAUCCACUCCAGAUGAUAAGCUUCGGAAAUUAGCUUGCCCAUAUUUUAAACGAAAUCCGAAUGCACAUAGACAGAACAGAUCAUGUGCUGGACCUGGUUGGAUCUCUUGUCAUCGAGUCAAAGAACAUAUAUAUCGUAGGCAUAAGCUUCCCAUCCGGUGUCCCAGGUGCUGCGCUACCUUCCAAAGCGAGCAAGAGCUUUUGGGUCACUUACGGCAGCCGGAGGGUUGCCCUGUACAACAAGCAGAACCAAUUGAAGGCAUUGAUAAGACCAAAGAAGCACAAUUACGAAUCCGCAAGAAAGCUGUUGGGACUGAGGAGCAGCGGUGGAAAAAAAUGUUUCUUAUUCUGUUCUCCGACGAUGAUGAGAACACGAUCCCGUCUCCAUACUACGAUGCAUAUGACUCGAGCAGAAAUUUUGACCAGCUUAUCGGCUACGAGCGCUACCUUUCCCGGGAGCUCCCACGCCUAGUCAGGACCCGAUUUGAAGUUAUUGUUCAAGGGGCAUCAGCACUACUCGAAAGUGAGAUCCGGAGCCAGCUACCCGACGUCGUACGAAACUGCCUUAGCGAACUCUGGGCAGCAUAUGCUAAGAACCUAAAUUCACAGAUCUCUUUUAUCAAUAUCCGUAGCAACGAACUUUCUAGCGAUUCCGCACCAGCAGCAGAGCUAGACGAGCCGCCAACAGAUGAACUAGCAGAUAUCAAUGCGUUCUAUCAACCUACACCUAUUGCAGACGACGAUAUACCAGAAAAUGACUUGUCAUUCGGGGCCAAUGAGAACCUUCACACUGAACUGUGCCCUCCUUUCAGUCAUGCGGCUUUCUCCGACUCUGCAUAUGGGUCCCAACGUACGCCCCAGAACACCAAUUUCACAAAUAGGCUCGACAUGUUUGGACAGAAUGACUUUGUUGACAGCCAGUUACCUGAUCAAACGCCCGAAGAUUUGUCAAUCCUCCCAGUGUCUGACCCUCCUGCAGCAGAUACACAGCAGGACGAUCAUGACCAGUUGAAUAAUAUGGAAUGCUGGUAUAAACCACUAAAUGACACAGAGCCUUGGAGGAGCUACACAAACCAUGACUGGACCCAAUUGGAAGAAUAGGGUUGCUUUCGGGAAACCACCUGCACAGCAGUGAAUUUUAUAUAUAAAAUGUGUUUAAAUGUGCGGGGUGUUCACACAAAAUCGCGUGUACAGAUUUUCAGUAACGCUGAGCUUCGGCUGAUUAUUAUAGUUGAAUGGGAUAGCUAGAGAGCAGAAGAGGAAGGUGGGAAUUUAACAUAUAACGCAC